AGACAGUAAGUUUUUUCUUAAUAAAAUUGAGUUGCUCAAGAGCAUGUUAAGGGUUACUUUGUUGGGUGGGAUUCUAAUGGUUUUACCUUCUAAAACAACCCAAUAUAUGCCUCCUGUGAGUGCUUGGUUGAAAUAACAUGUCUUUAUUAGCUCCUUUCCUUCAAAGAAACAUUUAUAUUCUUUAGUUGAUGGAAAACAGUAAUUUAACUUAUGAUAGUAUAAGUUGCCAUGUACAUUUAAACUGGUGAAUGUGAUAUAUUUACUGUAGCGAAAAGCCUUGAAUGGUUCACAAUGAAGCAAAUGAAUGGAAAAGAGCAAAUGCUCCACUGUGAUGGUGAAGGAAAAUUUUCAACCUGAGAACUGAAUGUAAAGUUGCAUCUACUGAUCCUUUUGAAAGAGUAAAAAGAAUCGUCAUUUCUUGCUGUUGUUUACUGUCUGUUCUGCCUUCCGAACGUUUUCCGUUUCUGUUGUUGACUUGCUUUCUAAACUGAUCUUGAAAGAUGAAAAACACUGCAAUUAUUAUUGUUAAGAUUGAUGGUAGGUGGUAUCUUAUUAUUCACCAAAAGAGGAAAGUUAGGUUGUAUCUUGAAAGAAGCCUGCGAUCAUAUCAUUUCAGCUCGCGGACUACUUUUAACACGGUAAAACAAAGACACUGACGGAUGGAGAAAUAGAUAGUUUGGGUCUGUUUUUCAGAAACUGCAUGUCAUGACAUGAAAGAGGGAAUGGAGUGGAGAUGAAGAGGAAUGGGGGUGAUUCUUAUUACCAAGGUCUCCCUCUGCAAUGGCCAAGAAAUGCUUGAUGUUGUCGGAGUAAAGGAUUGCCGACAAGGGCAUCAACGACGAAUAUAAAUUAUUUUCCCUAUUAUCCUAAACCAAAAUUUUGUAUCCCAUUACCAUCUGUUGACUUAUAAAUGAAGAGUGUUUUUUCUUCUGGAAAAGAAAAAUGAAUUUGUUUCCUAACAUCUCUAAAAAUAAAGACUAAAAAAGCUUCACUGGUCCGAAAGUAUCCAAUGCAUGGUUUGGUUGUGUUGUUAACGUUGUAGGCCUAUGCAAGCAUAAUAAUACACAAAGGUGGUGUUUGUUACAUGGGAUUGGAUGGGAUAGGACUGCCUUAUCUAAUAAAUUAAAACUUAUCCCAUGUUUGGCUGAACAAGGACUAUAAUAAAUGAGACUAUGUAGUCCCCAAAUCAACCCCAACACCUUCUUACAUAGUCUCCCCAAAUUUCACCGGACUGUGGAAGACUGGAAGCAACGCUCGGUCGUUCUUCGCUUUUGGUCGCUCACUUGCAUCUUUCACUUCGGUCUCCUUCAACUAAACCAGAAAAGAAUCAUGAGCUGCUUCGGUUGUUGUGAUGAAGAUGAUAUGCAUAAAGCUACUGACAAUGGAGGUCCUUACAUGAGCUGCUUUGGGAAAUGAGGGAUUCAUCAUGAUUCCGGUAAUGCGCCCAAACGUGAAGAAGCCGUAAAGGCCUAGCCUAUUGAAGUUUUGCUUAUACCAGUAGAGGAGCUAAAGGAAAUUACAGAAAACUUUUGGACAAGUGCCUUGAUUGGGGAAGGUUCUUCUGUUGUAGUCCUUAGUCCUACGGAGCACCAAACAUGGUUCAAGUAUUAGCUUAGCAUAAGCCAGGCUUGAGAAGUCCAGGACUCUCAUAGAAAUUAAGAAUAAUGGAGUCUUUUGCCUCAAACAUAGCACAGAUCGUCUUCGAAAAGCUAGCUUCCCGUGCUCACGAAGAAAUUCACAUCGCAUUGAGUGUCAAAGUUGAGCUGAACAAGCUUGAGGAGACUUUAUCAAGCAUCACUUUACUGCUCCUGGAUGCGGAGGAAAAGCAGAUGAACAACCGCGUACUCACUGAUUGGUUGGGAAAGCUCAAAGAUGUUUGCUACGAUAUUGAUGAUGAGCUCGAUGGCUUUGCAUUCAAACAGUUGCGGAUGCAAGUGCUUAUCCGUGGAAGCGUGGCCGGAAAGGUAUGCCAUCUUUUUUCACGUUGGAAUUGACUCGUGUUUCCAAUCUAUACUGGUCAUAAAAUCAAACAGAUUAGAGCAAGAUUGAAUGAAAUUGCAGCUGCCAAAGAUCAGUUUCAUCUUCAAGAAAGAGCCGGAGAGUGGCAUGGUCUGCACAUGAACAGGGAGACCUAUUCUUUUGUGCAAGUGUCGGAUGUUAUUGGGAGAGAUAAUGAUAAAGAAAAUAUUAUCAUUCAUCUCUUGAAGGACACUGACCAUGCAGAUCAAAAUGUUUCUGUUAUUUCUAUUACUGGAUUAGGAGGUCUGGGAAAGACUACACUUGCUAAAUUGGUGUAUAAUGAUUCCACGGUGGUGAGAAACUUUGACUUGAGGAUGUGGGUGUGUGUUUCUUAUGAUUUUGAUAAUAAGUCAUUGGUGCGUAAAAUUAUUGGUUCUGCAACUAACCAAAAAUGUGAAGAGGAUAGUUUUGAAAACCUGGCUAUUAAGUUGCAAAAUGAAUUGAAAGACACAAAAUUUUUGUUAGUGUUAGAUGAUGUUUGGGAUAAGGAGCCGAUGGGGAUAUCAAUUACGAAGUGGAUUGAAUUGAAAGCUUUACUAAAUAUUGGUGCUCGGGGUAGUAAAAUCAUUGUAACAACACGCAAUAUGUCAGUUGUUUCGCUUUUGGGAUCCGUGGAUUACCAGCACCCUUUAGAAGGUCUUUCUCACGAGGAUUGUAUGUCUUUGUUUGUAGAAAGGGCAUUUAGGAAAGAAGAAGAAAAAAACUUUCCUCACUUGAUGGAAGUUGCAAACAAUAUUGUGAAGAAGUGUGGAGGGGUUCCUCUGGCUGUGACCACUCUAGGGGGCAUGCUCUAUUUGAAAAGGGAACUACGUGACUGGUUGCAUGUAAGAGAUAAUGAUAUAUGGAAAUUAGAGCAAAGAGAAGACGGUAUUCUACCUGCAUUGAAACUAAGCUAUGAUGCACUACCACUCUACUUGAAACCUUGUUUUGCCUUUUGCUCACUUUUCCCUAAGGAUUAUGAAUUUGACAGCGUCGAGAUCGUCACAAUGUGGAUGGCACAAGGCUUCCUUCACUCCUCUACCAGAAAUGAACAAGAUUUUGAAGAGAUUGGCCUAGAUUACAUAAGGCAGCUAUGUUCUAGAUCUUUCUUUCACAUUGAAGAAGAUGAUUUCUUUUGUAUGAGGUUUAAGAUGCAUGAUUUAAUUCAUGAUUUAGCCAUCUUGGUGGCACAGGUGGAGUACUCAUCUGUCAAUUUUCAUCAAUCUGGUCCUUUUGAUAGGGUCCGGCACCUGUCAAUAUAUACAAAGGACUUGUCUGACAAUGAGGAAGUCCCUAAUUUCAUGAUUUAAGAUGAGGUUUAAGAGAAGGUUGGCAUCACUGGUCGAUCUUUCAUAAAAAAGUGCAUUUCCAGAUUCAAAUAUUUGCGGUUGUUAGAUCUGCGUAGCUCAACUUUGGACGAGUUGCCAAGUUCCAUUGGUAACUUGAGUCACUUGAGAUAUGUGGACCUAUCCUACAAUUGCCACAUAAAAAGGGUUCCUGAUUGCAUUUGCAAGCUGCAGCAUCUACAAACCUUAUUGCUUUCACAUUGUGAGGAGCUUGAGAAGUUUCCCAAGGACAUAGGGAACCUGAUUAGCCUCAGGUACUUGGCACUAACUACAAAGAAAACUUGUUUGCCAACAGGAAUCGAUCGUCUCACUUCUCUUCGCAUUUUACAUGUUGUUGCAUGCCGAAACCUUCUUUCUUUGGAAGGGUUGCCCCGCCUCACUCACCUCAAAAUGUUCAUUAUUGAGGAAUGUCCAGUUCUGAGGUCUUUGCCGCGGCAUAACAUGAAAUAUUCAACUGCAUUAGAGACUUUAAUCAUCUCUGACUGUGAGAAGCUUGAUCUGUUGAGUCUUGAAGAAUGCGUUCGAGGUCUAAGAUCAUUCUGGAUCUUGAAAUCAAAGUUGAAGAACUUUCCCCUUUGGCUUAAAGAGUGUGCAAGUACUCUACAAAACAUAUGUAUUGCAAACUGUCAGAAUCUCAUCGCACUUCCGGAGUGGCUGCAAAGCUUCAAGUUGCUUGAAAAGCUAGUGAUUGAAAACUGCCCCCAAGUGCCAGCUUUGCCAGAGGCGAUGCAUUGUCUCACAACAUUGAGAGAAUUGAAGAUCAGUGGGUGUCCUCGAUUGAUGGAAAGAUGCAGCAGGCACGGAGGUAUAGAUUGGUUCAAAAUUGCUCAUGUCACAAAGAUAAUGCUUGGAGGUGUCAACAACAACACUCCGGUGGAUUGUAGCUCAAGUUCCCCUCCCAUUCCCCUUCCCCCUCCCCCUCCCCCUCCCCCUCCCCUUAUGACUACUUCUUUUCGGUCGAUGCUUCCCAUCACGACGAUAACACUACUCGUUCAUCUACAACAUCUCCUGAUGGUUAGGGAUGGUAAAUACAGAUGGCCAGCUCUUUCAACGAUACAGGUACGAGGGCUUUGGAGGUAUAUUCAGGGAUUCAGAAGGCUUGUUCAGAGGAGCUUUUGCACACAAUAUAAUAGUCCCUGCUAUACAUGCUGACAUUUUAGCCGUUAUUGGUAGGGCUCACAUUUGGCUUGGAACGGAUUUCGUACUUGUGUUGCAUUAUUCUAAGUCACCUCAUUUAAUUCCUUGGAGGUUGAUGGCGGCUUGGUUUAAUUGUUUCCACUAUGUUCUUUCAAAUCCAUUUUCGUGUCUCUCAUAUAUGCAAGGAAGGAAAUUCCUUGGUGGACAAGCUUGCUAAAUAAUGCUAACUAUGUUGCUACAAAUGAAGGUUCUACAUGGUGGCUUUCUUUGCUUAAUUUUCUUGUGGGUCUCUAUGGACGUGACUUACAUUCUAUCACUCUAUGCAGAUUUUUAGUGUUUUAUUUGGUUUUUCUUAUGGUAUUUCAUUUUGAUUGUAUUGGAAGAUCCUAUACUUCAAACCAUUUGAAUUGUAUUGUCUAGUUUUUUGUAUUUCCAUUGGCAUGAGGCCAAUUCAUAUCGUCCUAGGUUAUGCAUCUUUUCUUUAUCAAGGCAAUGACCUAGUUCUCCCUAUCUUCUGUAAUACUGUAUUCCAUAUUUGAUUAUUAAUAAAUUCAAGAAACGGCAAUGAUUUGGCUCUUA